AUGAAGCUCACUUUGGCUAUCUCCCUUCUCCUCUCUGCUGUGAGCGUCAACGCAGCCCUCGGAAUCAAUUGCAGAGGAUCCGCAAAAUGCAGCGGUCUUUGGGGCCCAGAUAACGUGGCCUCCAGCCUCAAGAAUGUCAUUGAUGGCAUCGAUACUAACAGAUGGUACUUGAACGGCGAGCACAUCGCCUGUGUGGGAAACCAGGCCGGUAACGGUGGUGGCUACUGCGCAUUUUUACAGAAGACUGGAGGUACCAACGGUGCCAAGAUCAAGGAACUGGCGCACUACAUUCCGGAUCAUGGGUGCAAGAUGUGUGGUAGCGUCCCAUACUUUUACCCCGGAGAUAACAAUGUCGAUCACGGCGAGCUAACCUUCAACUAUGUGGACAGUGAGUUCGCCUUCAAUUUCCUCCCCCUUUUGAUCAUAUUUUGA